AUGGAAAACUUUGACGUAGCCGUCGUCGGCCUGGGGGCUCUUGGAAGUGCAGCUGCUUACUACGCUGCCUUGAAAGGUGCCAAAGUUAUCGCUUUAGAGCAGUUCGAAUUUGGAAAUGUACAUGGUGCCUCUCACGAUACAUCACGUAUCGUCAGGACCUCGUACAACACGCCCGAGUACGUCGCCCUAGCAAAAGCCGCAUAUAAAGACUGGGCGCAUAUCGAAGAAGCUGCCGGCUAUAAAUUACUGCACAUAAGUGGCGGUGUAACCUUUUUUGGCAAACAAUCCUCGUUGAACUCUAGUGACUACGCGCGGAGUCUGGAUGCGAAUGAUGUGCCUUACGAGCUACUCACUCCAAUUGAAGUCGGGAAACGAUGGCCGCAGUUUAACACUGAUAAUGUCGUGGACGCUAUCUACACGCCUGAUACUGGGAUUGUACAUGCUGCUCGGUCGGUUGCCACAAUGCAGAGCCUAGCACGCGCCCACGGUGCCGUCCUGAAAGAGCACACCAAAGUGGAGCGUAUUCAACCCGAAGGACCCCACAAUGGCGUAAGGAUCAACACGUCUAAAGGUCAAUUUCUCGCAAACAAGGUCAUUCUCGCUGCAGAUGCCUGGACGAAUAAGCUUCUUGAGCCGCUUGGCCUAAAUGUGCCUCUCGUCAUCUCCCAGGAGCAAGUCACAUACUACAAGCCCUCCAGCACAGCGGAUUUUGAGCCAACCAACUUCCCAGUGUGGAUUCACUUUGACAAAAAAUCUUUCUAUGGAUUCCCCACCUUUGGCGAGCCGACUAUCAAAUGUGCUCGCGACGAAUCGCAGCAUUUCAUGACGCCAGAGGAGCGAGACUACGUUCACUCGCCUGAACUAUUGGAUGAGUUAACUGGAUUCAUCGACGGAAUGAUCCCUGAUGCCGCACGCAAGACUCUUCGGACAGUGACUUGUCAAUACACUGUUACUCAGGAUCGCAAUUUCAUCAUCAGCCCACUGAAAAAACAUGGCAACAUAUUUGUGGCUCUUGGUGCCGCACAUGGGUUCAAAUUUGCUCCGGCAAUCGGGCGUGUCUUGGCUGAAUUGGCGAUCGAUGGGAAGACGAGUGAGGAUAUCUCGCAGUGGACAUUUCCCGAGGCCAACAAAAUGAGCAAGCUCUAA